AUGACCAUUACCUCCGUGCAGACCCUCCAGCCGGGUCAUCUUGCUGCCAAUUCGUCCGAGAGACGUGUUGAGAAGCCUGUCCCUGAGCCUUAUCUCGUUCAGGACUUUCCGUUCAAGGGUUACCAGCCUCCACAACCAGACGGCUUCGAGCAAAGCAAAGCCCAUGCAGAUACCAGCGCGAUCGUCAUUGACAAUGGCUCCCAUCUCGUCAAGGCCGGCUGGUCUUUUGACAAAAGCCCACGAUUCAUCUUGCCUCCCGUCAUGAGCCGUUACCGCGAUCGUAAGCUCGGUCGCCAAUGCCACUUCAUUGGAUACGACGCUUAUGUCGAUGCUACUACCAGAGGCCAGCUGCGGUAUGCCUUUGAUCCUGGUUCGAGCGUGGUCGGUAAUUGGGAUGUCAUGGAGGGCGUCUUGGACUAUGUGUUUCUCAAGCUCGGCGUGGACGGCUCCAACGGCAGCGUGGAUAGGUCAAUUCUCAUGACCGAGCCCAUCGCAAACCUGAGCUACCCGCGAAAGAUGAUGAACGAGAUUCUCUUCGAAUGUUACGGGGCUCCAUCUGUGACCUACGGAAUCGACUCGCUGUUCGCAUACCGGUAUAAUAAGGGAACCGAUGGCCUGGUCGUCUCCUCGUCGCAUACGUCAACCCACGUCAUCCCUGUUCUCGAUUCGAAGCCCCUUCUGAACAACUGCUCCCGACUGAACUGGGGUGGUCUCCAAAGCGCGGAAUACCUGAUGAAACUGAUGAAACUGAAGUAUCCAACCUUCCCCGCUCGGAUGACAGAGAACCAGAUGGAGGAUCUGGUACAAAAACACUGCUACGUCUCGCAAGACUACGACCGUGAGCUUGGCGGGUAUCUAGAGUGGACUGGCCUCGAGGACCGAGACCGUAUCAUCCAAUACCCGUUCACGGAGCAUGUCGUGGUCGAGAAAACUGAGGAGGAGCUCGCUCGGAUCGCCGAACGCAAGAAGGAAAGCGGUCGCCGUCUCCAAGAACAAGCGGCGAAGAUGCGGCUCGAGAAGCUUGUCAAGAAGGAGCAAGAGCUGGAGUAUUGGAAGGAUCUUCAGCAAAGGUUGGCAUCCGAGACCAAGAAAGAGAUUCGGCGAGUCUUGGAAGCCGAAGACCUCAAAGAUGAAGCUCAUCUCGAACGGAUGAUUCGUGAUUUGGAGAAAUCUAUCAAGCGCUCGCGCAAUCGUGAUCUUGGCAUCGAGGAAACGGAAGAGCAAACAGAGGAAAUGUCUUUCCCUCUCCUUGAUAUCCCUGAUGAGCAACUGGAUGAGAAUGGAUUGAAAGAGAAACGCCACCAGCGUCUGAUGAAGUCCAACGUGGAGGCACGGGCACGUGCCAAAGCUGAAAAGGAACGCGCCAAAGCUGAGAAAGAAGAAGAAGAGCGCCUUGAUCGCGAGAAGCGGGAGAAUGACUUUGAGAGCUGGAUUGCCGAGCGACGGAACAAUCGCCAGGCUCUCCUGCAGAGAAUCAAGGACCGUGACCGCCUGAAGGCAGACCUCGGCAACCGAAAGUCUCUUGCUUCCCAGAUGCGAAUGAAGACCUUGGCCAAUCUAGCCUCGGAUGGUCCCAAGAAGCGUCGACGUGGAGGAGACGACGACGACUUUGGUGCGAAUGAUGAAGACUGGGGUGUGUACCGCAGUGUCGCAAAGGACGAGCAGAGUGACGAUGAAGAGGAGGAAGACCUUGGCGAGCUGCUGAACGGCGUGGAACAAGAGCUCCUGCAAUACGAUCCGGAAUUCACGGAGAACCACACUCUCGCUGCUCAGUCGGACUGGACUAAAAGUCUCGUCCAUGCGUUCCUCCGUGGUCCAUGGCCCUUUGACCCGGAGAGCCAGCGGGAGGCACAUCAACUGCACCUCAACGUGGAGCGCAUCCGUGUGCCCGAGGUCGUAUUCAAGCCUUCUAUUGCCGGCGUUGAUCAAGCCGGACUCAUUGAGAUUGCUGCAGACAUUGUCAACCAACGAUUCUCGAGUACCCAGGACCGCUCUCGUCUUCUCAAAGAUGUCUUUCUAACGGGCGGUAAUACUUUGUUCUCUGGCUUUGAGGAGCGCUUCCGCAACGAGAUCCGAGGCUUUCUGCCCGUGGAAGCUGAGCUACGCGUGCGGCAUGCAGCCGACCCGGUCCUCGAUGCUUGGAAAGGUGCCGCACAGUGGGCUUCCGGGUCUGACUUUAGAAAGUCGUCUGUGACACGCCAGGAAUACCUGGAAAAGGGCAGCGAAUACAUCAAGGAGCACGACCUCGGCAAUGCGUCCUUGUAG